UUGGAUGAAGUAAUUGAUCACUAAAGAACUACAGUGCUGGUGAGAUGUGUAAGAAAUUAUAAAGAGCUCUGAUGGGCUAUUUGGGUGAUACCCAGUGCAGUGAACUGCAGGAUUUUUGUCCCUGAGUCAUGGAAGACAGAAGAGCUGAGAAGUCAUGUGAACAAGCGUGUGAAUCACUUAAGAGACAGGACUAUGAAAUGACCCUCAAGCACUGCACAGAGGCCCUCCUUUCUCUUGGCCAGUACUCCAUGGCUGACUUCACAGGGCCGUGUCCACUGGAGAUAGAAAGCAUCAAAAUCGAGAGUCUUCUUUACAGAAUUGCCUCCUUUUUGCAGCUGAAAAACUAUGGGCAAGCUGAUGAAGAUUGUAGGCGUGUGCUGGGAGAAGGACUGGCCGAGGGAGAUGGUACCUUUCAAGCAGUGCUUUGCUGCAUGCAGCUUAAAGGAAAGCUCCAACCUGUAUCCAGCAUUCUUGCCAAGUCACUGACAGGAGAGUCCCUGAAUGGGAUGGUAACAAAAGAUUUGACAAGACUAAAAAUACUUCUCACAGAAACGGAGACAGCAACUGGUAAUGUCCUCUCUGGAUAUCACGUGGAAGACUUAGAAGAGGGAUCUUGUAAUGGUUGGCAUUUCCGCCCACCACCUAGGGGAAUCACAAGCAGCGAGGAAUAUACUUUGUGUAAAAGAUUUUUAGAGCAAGGCAUCUGUAGGUAUGGUGCCCAGUGUACUUCAGCACAUUCCCAGGAAGAACUAGCAGAAUGGCAGAAAAGAUAUGCUUCACGGUUGAUAAAAUUGAAACAGCAAAAUGAGAAUAAACAGCUCUCAGGCAGUUACAUGGAAACCUUGAUAGAAAAGUGGAUGAAUUCAUUAUCUCCUGAGAAAGUGCUUAGUGAAUGUAUAGAAGGAGUAAAGGUAGAGCAUAAUCCUGAUCUGUCCGUUACUGUCAACACCAAAAAAUCUCACCAGACAUGGACCUUUGCUCUCACUUGUAAGCCUGCAAGAAUGCUGUACCGUGUAGCAUUGCUUUACGAUGCUCAUCGCCCUCAUUUUAGUAUCGUUGCAAUAUCUGCCGGAGAUAGUGCUACCCAGGUGUCACAAGAAGUCCCAGAAAACUGUCAAGAAUGGAUAGGAGGAAAGAUGGCCCAGAAUGGAUUAGAUCAUUACGUGUAUAAAGUCGGGAUAGCAUUUAACACAGAAAUAUUUGGAACUUUUCGCCAAACCAUAGUUUUCGACUUUGGAUUGGAACCAGUACUCAUGCAAAGAGUAAUGAUUGAUGCAGCUUCUACAGAAGAUCUUGAGUACCUGAUGCAUGCAAAACAACAGCUAGUAACCACGGCUAAGCGUUGGGAUUCUUCUUCUAAGACUAUUAUAGAUUUUGAACCUAAUGAAACUACUGAUUUGGAGAAGAGCCUUCUUAUCAGAUACCAAAUUCCUCUCUCUGCUGACCAGCUAUUUACCCAGUCCGUUUUAGACAAAUCAUUGACCAAGACCAACUAUCAGUCACGGUUGCAUGACCUCCUUUAUAUUGAGGAGAUAGCCCAGUAUAAGGAAGUCAGCAAGUUCAACCUUAAAGUGCAAUUGCAGAUUCUAGCAAGCUUCAUGCUCACUGGAGUUUCUGGAGGUGCAAAGUAUGCUCAGAAUGGACAACUUUUUGGCCGUUUCAAGCUUACUGAAACACUUUCUGAAGAUACUUUGGCUGGACGGCUGGUGAUGACCAAAGUCAAUGCUGUUUAUUUAUUACCAGUCCCUAAAGAGAAGUUAGUACAGACCCAGGGAACCAAAGAGAAGGUUUAUGAAGCUACUAUUGAAGAAAAAACAAAAGAAUAUAUAUUUUUAAGGAUAUCCAGGGAAUGCUGUGAAGAACUUAAUCUUCGGCCUGAUUAUGACACACAGGUUGAACUUCAGUUUCAGUUAAAUCGAUUACCCCUCUGUGAAAUGCAUUAUGCGCUAGACAGGAUCAAGGACAAUGGGGUUUUGUUUCCAGACAUCACUAUGACUCCGACCAUACCUUGGAGUCCCAACAGACAAUGGGAUGAGCAGUUGGAUCCUCGGCUAAACGCAAAACAGAAAGAGGCUGUUCUGGCCGUUACGACCCCACUUUCAAUACAGCUGCCUCCUGUUCUCAUCAUCGGCCCCUAUGGCACCGGCAAAACAUUCACCCUAGCUCAGGCCGUCAAGCACAUUCUCCAGCAGCAGGAGACCAGGAUUCUCAUUUGCACCCAUUCUAAUAGUGCUGCUGAUCUCUACAUAAAGGAUUAUUUACAUCCAUAUGUAGAAGCAGGCAAUCCCCAGGCAAGACCUCUCAGGGUAUAUUUCAGAAAUCGCUGGGUAAAGACUGUCCACCCAGUUGUGCAUCAGUACUGUUUGAUCUCAAGCGCACAUUCCACCUUUCAGAUGCCACAGAAAGAAGAUAUUCUUAAACACCGAGUGGUUGUUGUUACAUUGAAUACUUCCCAGUACCUCUGUCAGUUGGACCUUGAACCUGGGUUUUUUACGCACGUUCUAUUAGAUGAGGCUGCCCAGGCCAUGGAGUGUGAAACCAUUAUGCCCCUAGCAUUAGCAACUAAGGACACACGGGUUGUCCUGGCUGGUGACCACAUGCAGCUCAGCCCUUUCGUUUACAGUGAGUUUGCCAGGGAAAGAAACCUUCACGUUUCACUGCUUGACCGGCUCUAUGAGCAUUACCCUGCCGAGUUUCCCUGCAGGAUCCUCCUGUGUGAGAACUACCGCUCCCACGAAGCUAUCAUCAAUUACACCUCUGAGCUCUUCUAUGAGGGCAAACUGAUGGCCAGUGGAAAGCAGCCAGCACACAAGGAUUUCUACCCACUAACCUUCUUUACAGCACGAGGGGAAGAUGUACAAGAGAAAAAUAGCACAGCUUUUUAUAAUAAUGCAGAGGUCUUUGAAGUGGUGGAGCGUGUGGAAGAGUUAAGAAGGAAGUGGCCAGUAGCGUGGGGGAAGUUAGAUGACGGCAGCAUUGGUGUGGUGACUCCGUAUGCCGACCAGGUGUUCAGGAUACGCGCUGAACUUCGAAAAAAGAGAUUAUCUGAUGUUAACGUCGAAAGGGUGCUAAAUGUUCAAGGAAAGCAAUUCAGAGUUUUGUUUCUUAGCACAGUACGUACAAGACAUACUUGUAAACAUAAACAGACACCAAUUAAAAAGAAAGAGCAACUGCUGGAAGAUUCCACAGAGGACUUAGAUUAUGGUUUUCUGUCUAACUAUAAGCUUCUCAAUACUGCCAUCACAAGAGCACAGUCCCUGGUUGCCGUGGUGGGUGAUCCCAUUGCUCUGUGCUCUAUUGGAAGAUGCAGGAAAUUUUGGGAGCGGUUUAUUGCCCUGUGUCAUGAAAAUAAUAGCCUACAUGGAAUCACUUUUGAACAGAUCAAAGCGCAGCUAGAGGCUUUAGAACUAAAGAAGACAUAUGUGUUGAAUCCACUGGCACCUGAAUUUAUCCCCCGGGCUCUGAGAGUGCAGCACACGGGAAAUACCAACAGAUUGCAGCAGUCACCCCCCAAGGGGAAAAGCCUCCAUCAUAUCCAGAAUGAUCAUUUCCAGAAUGAUGGAAUUGUUCAGCCCAAUCCUUCUGUGCUUAUUGGCAACCCUAUUAGAGCAUAUACCCCUCCACCUCCUCUUGGACCUCACCCAAAUUUGGGGAAAUCUCCAAGCCCUGUUCAAAGAAUAGAUCCUCACACUGGGACAAGUAUUCUUUAUGUACCUGCCGUCUAUGGAGGGAAUGUAGUUAUGUCCGUGCCUUUACCUGUACCAUGGACAGGAUACCAGGGUAGGUUUGCAGUUGAUCCUCGAAUCAUUACACACCAGGCAGCCAUGGCCUACAAUAUGAACCUCUUACAGACACAUGGGCGGGGGUCUCCUAUACCUUAUGGCCUUGGGCAUCACCCACCUGUCAGCAUAGGGCAGACGCAAAACCAGCAUCAGGAGAAGGACCAACACGAGCAGAGUCGAAACGGUAAAAGUGAUACAAAUAAUCCUGGACCUGAAAUUAGUAAGAUUCGGACACCAGAGAAAAAGCCUACAGAAUCAAAACAGAUGGAUUUGGAAUCAAAUCCACAGAACAGAAGUCCUGAAUCACGUCCUGGUGUUGUUUAUCCCAAAUUUCAUCGCAAAGACAAUCUCAACCCAAGACACAUAAAUCUCCCUGUUCCUGCUCCCCAUGCACAGUAUGCAGUCCCCAGUCGCCAUUUUCAUCCACUUCCCCAGCUGCCAAGACCACCGUUUGCAAUUCCACAGCAGCACGCCUUGUCAAAUCAACAGCAGAAUAAUUUGCCUGAACAACCAAAUCAAAUGCCGCCCCACCCGAAUCAGGGAGUCCCGCAGCAGAAUCCGCUGGGUCAGCCGCCUCCUCAGCUUUCUGCUGCCUGUCAGGCAGGCCCCAACAGUGCUUUUUUUAAUACUCCGGUUUCUCAUCGACCACAGUCCCCUCCUGCAGAGGCUGCAAUUCCUGAGCAGCAGCCCCCUCCCAUGCUGCAGGGGGGCCACAGUCCUCUGCGAGCCAUUGCGCAGCCCGGCCCCAUUCUUCCUUCACAUCUGAAUAACUUCACUGACGAGAACCCCCCAGGACUGCCUGUAGGAGAGGCUUUAGAUCGUGUGCAUGGGAGUGUGGCUCUGGAAGCAUUACGGCAGCAGCAGGUGCGGUUACAGCAGUGGAGUGAGCAUCACGCCUAUCUCAGCCAGGGCAGUGUUCCUUACCCACACCAUCACCAUCCUCACCCUCACCCUCACCCUCACCCUCACCCUCACCUCCAGCAUCUUCCCCAGCCGCCCAUUGGAUUACAUCAGCCACCAGUGAGAGCAGACUGGAAGCUCCCCAGCAGUGCCGAAGAUGAAGCAGAAACAGCUGACUCAAGGUUUCAGGACUUAAUCAGAGAACUGUCUAAUCGUGAUCAAAGUGAAACACGGGAACUAGCUGAGAUGCCGCCACCUCAAUCAAGACUUUUGCAAUAUAGACAAAUUCAGACCAGGAGCCCACCAGCAGUCCCCUCGCCCCCGUCCAGUGCAGACCACAGCACCCACUUUUCCAACUUCAGUGACAGCAGCAGAGACCUCGAAGUAGCCAGCAACCCAGCAUUUCCACAGCGCCUGCCGCCGCAGCUGUUCAAUUCGCCUUUCUCGUUGCCGUCUGAACACCUCGCCCCUCCUCCCUUGAAAUGCCUGGCACCUGAUGGAGCAUGGACUUUUGCCAACUUACAGCAGAAUCGCCUGAUGGGGCCGGGUUUUCCCUAUGGCCUACCUCCACUGCCGCCCAGGCCACCGCAGACCCCUUUUGUGCACAUGCAGAGCCAUCAGCCUGCUGUCAGCCAAGAGCCCUUCCACCCGCUGUCGGCUCGCACGGUGUCGUCCUCUUCGCUCCCCAGCUUAGAAGAGUAUGAACCCAGAGGACCUGGUCGGCCCUUGUACCAAAGAAGAAUCUCAUCUAGCUCAGUCCAGCCUUGUUCUGAAGAAGUAAGCACUCCUCAAGACAGCCUUGCCCAGUGUAAAGAGCUUCAGGACCAUAAUAACCAACCUUCUUUCAACUUUUCCUCCCCGGAGUCCUGGGUAAACACCACCUCAUCUACCCCCUAUCAGAACAUUCCGUGCAAUGGAUCCAGCAGGACAGCUCAGCCCAGAGAGUUGAUAGCUCCGCCCAAGACCGGCAAACCCCCUGAGGAUCAUCUGAAGCCUGAAAACCUCGAGGGGUCCAGUUCCUUCAAUUACAGCGUCCUGCAGCAUCUCGGCCAGUUCCCCCCACUCAUGCCCAACAAGCAGAUCGCGGAGUCGGCCAGCAGCAGCAGCCAGCAGAGCUGUGGAGGCAGCAAGCCCGCCAUGUCGUACGCCAGCGCUCUGCGGGCCCCGCCCAAGCCCAGGCCCCCGCCGGAGCAGGCCAAGAAGAGCAGCGACCCUCUGUCUCUGUUCCAGGAACUCAGCCUGGGGAGCUCAUCGGGCAGCAAUGGCUUUUACUCCUAUUUUAAAUAA